AUGCGCACAUCUUUCGUUACCAUGCUGGCCCUCGGCGCCGCCGCCGUGUCCGCUGCCCCAGCUGCUCCUGUUACUGAUCUCGUUGAGCGCGGCUCGAGCUGCACCUUCACCACCGCUGAAGCGGCCAAGGCUGGCAAGGGAUCCUGCUCCACCAUUGUGCUGGACAACAUCAAGGUCCCUGCCGGUGAGACCCUCGACCUUACCAAGCUGAAGUCCGGUACUCAGGUCGUCUUCAAGGGCGAAACCUCUUUCGGAUACAAGGAGUGGACUGGCCCCCUCGUCAGCUUCUCCGGAAGCAACAUUCACGUCUCCGGCGCUGCCGGCCAUGUCAUCAACGGUGGCGGUCCCAGCUGGUGGGACGGCAAGGGAACCAACGGCGGAAAGAAGAAGCCCAAGUUCUUCUACGCCCACCACUUGGACGACUCGACCAUCAGCGGUCUGAACGUCAAGAACACCCCCGUUCAGGGUUUCAGUAUCCUGGCUGACCGCCUGACCCUCGACCACAUCACCAUCGACAACAGCGAGGGUGAUGCCAAGGGUGGCCACAACACCGAUGCCUUCGAUGUUGGCUCCAGUACCUUCAUCACCAUCUCCAACGCCAACAUCAAGAACCAGGAUGACUGCCUGGCUAUCAACUCUGGCUCGAACAUCAAGUUCGUUGGCGGCACCUGCUCCGGCGGCCACGGUAUCUCCAUCGGUUCCGUUGGCUUGCGCGACAACAACAUCGUGAAGGAUGUCACCAUCUCUGACUCUACCGUCAUCAACUCCGACAACGGUGUCCGCGUCAAGACCAUCUACCAGGCCACCGGUGCUGUCUCCGGCGUCACUUUCUCCAACAUCAAGCUGUCCAACAUCGCCAAGUACGGUAUCGUCAUCGAGCAGGAUUACGAGAACGGCAGCCCUACCGGCAAGCCCACCAACGGUGUCCCCAUCUCUGAGCUCACCAUUGAGAACGUUACCGGUACCCUCAAGAGCAGCGCUACUGAAGUUUACAUUCUCUGCGGUAACGGUAGCUGCAAGAACUGGAAAUGGGCUGGAAACUCUCUCUCUGGUGCACACCAGAGAUUAGUGCAAACUACUCAAGUAGCUAUGAUUCGAUUCCUACAGCAGUCUCCACCAGUCUCCACCUACAACAUUUCUUCCCAAUUACAAAUCAACGCCAAGCUCACCCCGUUGCGCGAUGACGCAACGAGCUUUCUUCCCCAAUCAACACUCACAAAUAUCACUCCUCCAUCUUCUCACGCACACAAAGUCUCAUUCAAAUCAUAUCCAAAUAUGCAUGUCCUUUUACUGGGCGGUCAUGGCAAAGUUGCCCUCCACCUUACUCCGCUCCUUCUCAACCGGGCCUGGAGCGUAACCAGCGUCAUCCGCAACCCCGCGCACGAAAGCGAAAUUCUAGCUCUAGGUCAAGGCCUCAAGGGCACACUCAAGGUUCUACUUUCAAGUUUAGAGGACGUGAAGAGUCCCUCGGAUGCUCAAAAAAUCAUCGACACAGUUACGCCGGACUAUGUCGUCUGGUCGGCUGGUGCCGGGGGCAAAGGCGGCCCGGCCCGCACAAUCGCAAUCGACCAAGAAGCCGCGAAGCACUUCAUAACAGCAUCCUUCGCCUCACCAGGUGUAAGCAAAUUUCUCAUGGUGUCAUACCUCGGUAGUCGACGCAAGCAGCCGAGCUGGAUGCCCGACGACGAAUGGGCGGGGAUUGUCAGGACGAACACGGAAGUACUGCCGACAUACGCCCAGGCCAAGCAAGAAGCCGAUGAGUACAUGACAGCACUGGCUGCGCAGCGGAAGCACGAGUCUGGCCCAGCGCGCCCAUUUCAGGCUAUUAAUCUGCGGCCUGGACUUUUGACUGACAAGCCUGCGACGCGGAAGGUCGAGCUGGGGAUUACACCUAAGGGCCGGGGAAGCGUUACUCGGGAAGAUGUGGCAAUCGUGGCGGAUCUGUUACUUGCGAGGGCUGAUACGGAGGGGUGGAUUGAUCUUGUCAAUGGGGAGGAGGGGGUUGAGGAGGCUGUUGAGAGGGUUGCGAGGGAAAACAUUGAUGCUGUUGUUGGGGAGGAUGUUGAGGGAAUGGUCAAGAGGUUCUUUCCUUAG